AUGAUACAAAUUGAUGGCACUCAUCUAUACGAAAAAUAUAAGGGAAAGUUAUUGAUUGCCACAACUCAAGAUGGUAAUAAUGAAUGUGUGCCACUUGCAUUUGUCGUUGUUGAGGGUGAGACAUUGGAGGCUUGGUCAUACUUCCUUGCCAAUCUUCGUCAGCACGUCACUCAAACGCAUAAUAUAUGUCUAAUUUCAGACCGACAUGUGAGCAUAUUAUCGGCUGUUGAAAAUAAUCCCCUAUGGCAACCACCCCAUGCAUUUCAUGUGUUUUGUCUGCGACAUAUUGCAAGCAAUUUUAAUCAACGAUUUAGAAAUGACAAAUUGAAGGCUAGCCUGAUGAAUAUAGGAUAUACUCCUUGCAUGGUGGAUUUUGAGAGGUCGCUAGCACGAUUUCGAGACACAAGCAGGCAGGUAGCGGAAUGGAUUGAUGCCAUCCCUAAGGAAAAGUGGUCGCGUGCACAUGACCUUGAUGGACGAAGAUUUGGGCAUAUGACAACAAACUUGGCAGAAUCCAUAAACAGAGUGUUAAAGGGAGCAAGAAACAUGCCCAUUACUGGUCUGGUAAAAUUUACAUACAGUAGAUUGGUUCAAUAUUGCGUGGAAAGAGGUCAAUCGGCUUGUAGACAACUUGAAUCUGGUCAUAGUUAUUGCAAAAAUGUGAUUGAAUCUUUGACACAUAAUGAAUCUGUGGCAACAAUGCAUAUUGUGCGUACAUAUAAUGUUGAUGAAACCGUUUUUGAGGUGGAUGCAGGGUUUGAAAGGACAUAUGCUGUUAACCUUGCUGCUCGUACAUGCCAAUGUGGACAAUUUAAAGCAUUUAAAUAUCCUUGUAGUCACGCCGUUGCUGCAGCGUUAUCCAUUCGUCGAAAUUAUCGACAAUAUAUAGAUGAUGUAUUCAAGACGUCAAACUUGGUAAAGGCAUACUCAUUUCCAUGGCAACCAAUCGGUAAUGAGCAAGCAAUUCCACCCAACAAUGCAGGUCCUGUGGUAAUACCAAAUAACAAUAUGUUGCGGGCAAAGGGUCGUCCAAAGUCUACAAGAAUACGAAACGAGAUGGAUGAGGUUGAAACUAUUUCAUCACGUAGGUUAUGUGGUCUUUGUAAGCAACACGGGCACAAUCGUAGGUCGUGUCCUAACCGUGGCAAUAAUGCAUGA